AUGACAUUAAUUGAUAAUCUAAAAACUAUAUGGAAUAGUAUUUCCUUUGGGACUAAGUUUGUGUUAUUUAUAAGCAUAAUUUGCUACUUGAUAGACUACUACUAUGAGGAAUACUAUUAUACAUUAUUUGUGAAUAUACCAAAGAAAACUAUUUUGUAAUAUUAAUUUUGGAGGAUUCUCAUUCCUUAAUUUUUUCAUGGCAAUAUUUAGAACCUAGCUAUCAGCUUAUUGGGAUUUUUAUAUUUUGCUAUAUAAACAGAAAAAAAGUUUGGCUCAGUCUAAUUUUUUGUAGAUAUAUUUAUCAAAAAUCUAAUCAUCCAAAUCAUUUUUGUAGCAUUUUGCUUUGGAUUUUCUUAUCUAGAUGAGGAGAUGCUUAUUGCAAAUUCAUUUGGCUUUUGGAAUCUGUCAUUUAUUUAUUAGAUGAGAAGAGCACUAAAUGACGAUGAUGAAACAUAGAAAUUCUUAUGUUUUUCUUUGAACUUCCAAUAGAAGUAUCUACCUGCUCUUUUCUUUUUGAUUAUGAAUUUUAUUGUUUUUCCAAGAUUGGAUUUAGUAGGAGCUACAAUUUUUUCGUUUGUAGAAAAUUAAUUUUUCGAUGGAUUCUCUUUUAGAUUAUCAAGCGCAUUCUAAAAAAAAUGUGAAAACUCAUUUCCAUUUAAAUUUGUUUCAAGCAGACUUGAUUUUUUUAACAUAGAACAAGUUGACGAGUCGUUUGAUUCCAAAAAAGGCACUUCUUCAGUAGAAUUUGGAAUAAUAUCAACGGUUGAAACAAAGCCAAAAUAAGAAAAAUCAAAUUGAAUAAUAUCUAAGUGUUUGCUUUAUAAUAGAGUUUAAAUUUAUUCU